UCGGUUCAUUGUGUCGCCGACCUUCGACUGGAUGUCAUUUUUUUUAGAGAAAAAAUUUCUGUAGUGUUUUUUUAAGAAUUUUGUAAACAAUGACGAAGAAGUUUGAAUUUAAUUGGCGUAUUGAAGUGCCGGAUUAUUUACAGACCGGCGGCACGUUUGAUCGGUGGUUUGAAGACAAGGAUAACACGGAAAUGGAGCCUGCCUGUUUGUUCAAAGUUGAUGAGUACGGAUUUUUUAUGUACUGGAAAAGCGACGGCAAGGACGGCGAUGUUAUAGAGCUGGCUCAAGUGUGUGAUAUUCGAUACGGCGGUACGCCGAAAGAUCCAAAGCUUUGUAAUAAAUUAAGUAAACACGGAACCACUGAACAAUUAAACGAUAAGAGUUUAACGAUAUGCUCAGGUCUUGAUUAUACAAAUAUCGUGUAUCAACAUAUUGUUUUAGAAAGUCCAGAUCAGGCUAAACAAUGGCAGGCGGGUUUGAGAGCAAUCACGCACAAUACCAAAGCGAGUAAUGUUUGUCCAACAAUUCAAUUAAUGAAACAUUGGAUGAGAUUGUGCUUCACAGUUGAUCCAAAAGGUAAAGUACCCGUUAAAGUUAUCGCUAAGACAUUUGCGUCAGGCAAAACGGAAAAACUCGUCUACCAAUCACUUGCAGAAAUGGGAUUACCCAAUGGAAAAAAUGAUAAAAUGGAAAAGGAAGCGUUUACUUUAGAGAAGUUUACAAAACUGUAUCAUAAUCUUUGCCCGAGAAACGAUAUCGAAGAGUUGUUUGGAUCAAUAACAAAAGGACGCGCUGAUACGAUAAGUUUGUCACAAUUUGUCCAGUUCAUGAAUGAAAAACAGCGUGAUCCGACGCUAAAUGAAAUUUUGUACCCGCUUUACAGUGAAGCUCGUUGCACAGAAAUAAUAAACGACUAUGAAUUGGAUGAAGGAAAUAAAACAGCGAAAAAGCUGUCAAAGGACGGUUUCGUGCGCUAUCUAAUGAGCGACGAGAACGCUCCGGUAUUUUUAGAUAAACUGGAAGAGUGGAUGGACAUGGAUCAGCCUCUAUCCCAUUACUAUAUUAAUUCAAGCCAUAAUACUUAUCUCAGUGGUCGUCAAAUCGGUGGUAAAAGUACUGUCGAGAUGUACCGACAAGUUCUUCUAGCUGGAUGCAGAUGUGUGGAGUUAGAUUGCUGGGACGGCAAAGGUGAAGAUGAAGAGCCCAUUAUAACUCACGGAAAGGCUAUGUGCACAGAUAUUCUCUUCAAAGAUGUUAUUGUCGCUCUUCGUGACUGCGCAUUUGUAACCAGUGAAUAUCCAGUGAUUUUAAGUUUUGAAAAUCACUGCUGCCUGAAACAACAAUAUAAAUUAGCUAAAUACUGCGAUGACAUAUUAGGAGAUUUAUUACUAAAAGAACCGCUUAAAGAUUAUCCAUUAGAACCAGGACAUCCAUUACCGCCACCUAGUCAAUUAAAACGAAAAAUUUUAAUAAAAAACAAGCGAUUAAAGCCAGAAGUUGAGAAAGUUGAGUUGGAAUUAUUUUUAUCUGGUAAUUAUGAAGCAAAAGAUGAAACAGUUGAGGAUCCAAAUGCGCCGGCUGUUGAAGCACCGAAGGAACCAGAACCUGCUGCACCAGCACCUGGUGAAGGUGGCCCUCCUGGUGAAGGUGGCGAAGGGGGCGAACAAGUCGCCAUAGCUUACACUGGAAGCUCGAUGGCUUGUCAUCCGUGGUUGUCUUCAAUGAUAAAUUACGCCCAGCCAAUAAAAUUCCAAGGCUUCGACAAAGCUGAACAGAAGAACAUCCAUCACAACAUGUCGUCGUUCUCAGAGACAGCGGCGCUGAAUUAUCUGAAAACGUCCGCAGUUGAGUUUGUUAAUUACAAUAAACGCCAGAUGAGUAGGAUUUACCCGAAAGGAACUAGAGCUGACUCAUCAAACUACAUGCCUCAAGUGUUUUGGAAUGCCGGCUGUCAGAUGGUCGCGUUGAAUUUUCAAACUCCCGACUUACCCAUGCAGCUCAAUCAAGGAAAGUUUGAGUUUAAUAACACAACGGGGUACUUGUUGAAGCCGGAAUUCAUGAGACGGUCUGACAAGAGCUUUGAUCCAUUUGCGGAGGGUGUCGAUGGUGUGAUUGCCAUUUCAUGCUCUGUUAGAGUUAUUGCUGGUCAAUUUUUGUCAGACAAAAAAGUAGGAACAUAUGUUGAAGUUGAUAUGUACGGGUUGCCUGCUGAUACUAUUAAGAAGGAAUUUAGAACACGCAUGGUACCAGCUAAUGGAUUAAAUCCAGUCUAUAAUGAAGAGCCAUUUGCAUUUCGUAAAGUUGUAUUACCUGAUUUGGCUGUUUUGAGAUUUGGUGUUUAUGAUGAGAGUGGAAAAUUAUUGGGACAAAGAAUAUUACCUUUGGAUGGUCUGCAAGCGGGUUAUCGUCACAUAUCAUUGAAAACAGAAGCCAAUUUCCCUAUGGCGCUUCCAAUGUUGUUCUGUUGCAUUGAGAUAUCUAUUUACGUCCCCGACGGGUUUGGAGACUUCAUGGCGAUGUUAUCGGACCCUGGUGCAUUUGGAAAGGCUGCGGAGAAGCAAGCGGAGAAUAUGAAAGCGAUGGGAAUUGAACAGACUGAAGAAAAAAAACCUAAGAAAGAAGAAGGUCCCAAGUGGGAGGAAUUCAAACCAGAUCCACUGACAAUAGAUUUACUGCGCAAAGAUAAAUCAUAUAAAGCUGGAAAGAAACAAAACAAAGAGCUUGAUACGAUGAGGAAAAAGCACAUGAAAGAGAGACAGACGAUGCAGAAAAAUCAUUGCGCUGCCAUUGAUAAAUUGAUAAAAGGCAAAGACAAAGCAGCUGUGAUGAGUGAUGACAAUGUAAAGAAAUUAGUCAAAGAGCAGACAGCUCAGUGGUCGGCGAUGAUGGAAAAGCAGCGCAAGGAGGAGUGGGAGCUACACAAAGUUCACGUUCAAGCUGGGAAAGAUGAAUUUAAAAGAGUUAUGGAAGUUGUACAAACACAGCAAGUUAAACAGCUUCAAAUAAAACAGGACAAGGACACCAAAGAAUUGAAUGCAAAUCAAGCAAAGGUGUCGGCAGAAACUUCCAAAGAAGUUAUGAAUGACAAAGCGUUGAAAACUAAGGGAGACAAAGAGCGACGUCUUCGUGAGAAAAAACAAAAUAAUAUUAAAAAAUUUACUGAAGAAAGAAAAACGCUGGGCAUCAAACAGGGCCGUGAAUCUGAGAAGUUAAAAGUUAAUCAUGAGAAAGCUCUUGCUGAUGUUGAUAAAACCGUCGAAUUGACACUGGAGCGGUAUAAAUUAGACGCCAUGGAGUAUGACAUAUCAUCAAAGACAGAGUUCUACGUAUAAUUAAGCGUGAUUAAAAGUACUCGUAUAAGUUUAUCUAUGUUAAUAAAUGAUUCAUUCACUUGAUAUAUAAAUAUACUCUAUCGAUUGUAUUGAAUAACUCAUAACUCAUAAGAAUAAAAUUUAAAUAUAAAAUAAA